AUGAUCACAAAUCGCCCGGCCACCCCAGCUGAUAUCCCCCAAGUCCGGGAUAUCAAUCACUGGUACAUCGUUAACAGCUGUUCCACUUUUGCAACUACCCCACCACCGAUAUCCCAUUAUGAGGACAUCCUUCGGGACCUGUCGAGAAGAAACCUCCCAUUUUAUGUCGUCGUGUCUGACACGCGGAAGGGACCAGACGGGGCAGAUUUAGUCCUUGGCUACGCUUACUUGUCUCCAUUCCGUGGCCAUUUGCUGUCCUAUGCACCGACCGUGGAGCUGUCGAUCUUCAUGCGCUAUGACCAGCGGCAAUUUGGCUAUGGGACUAUUAUUCUUAGAAAGCUCUUGCGCUUAGUGCAGCAGGGGGAAAUUGAGCACCGCUGCGAGGAGAGAGUGGGUGAUCUGCCGCGGAUUGGGUUUGGUACCUCUUUGGGUGUCAUGAAGACUUCCCUUGUGCAGAAUAUCAUUGCAAUCAUAGCUUAUGACACGGAGGCUCCGUUUGAUGGGGAGAUAUUGCGGAGAUGGUACAUGAAAUGGGGGUUUGUCGAGAAGGGGCAAUUGGAGAAUGUUGGGCGAAAGAUGGGUCAUUGGUGA